GGCGCAAGAUGGUGGCGUCCGCGUGGACGCCAUAAUAACUACGACAAUCGACGAUCGUCCAUUUCCGUUUUGGCUUCAUCCAGUGAGCGUGUGUCAAAACCAGUGAUCUUUGGUAUUAUUCUUCGGAAGAAAUGACGUUGACCGAUGGUGCCCAGAGCGGGCCGAGCACGAGUUUCGUGGCCCCGGUGAUCCAGGACAAUCACACAGGAUGGGGGCCCUGCGAGAUGCCCGACCAGUUUCGCGAUAUGCCGUAUCAGCCGUUCAGCAAGGGCGAUCGUCUGGGCAAGAUCAGCGACUGGACCGGUGCAGCCUUCCAGGACAAGAAAUAUGCCAAUAAGUACACUUCUCAGUUUGGUGCUGGAAGCCAAUACGCUUAUUACCACGAUGAGGAUGAGAGCACCUUCCACCUGGUGGACACCACGAGGGUGCAGAAGCCUCCAUACCAGAGGGGUCGUUUCCGUGCGAACCAGAGGAAUAUGAGAGGCCGCGGUGGCAGAGGAAACCACUCCGGAGGAAUGCAGGCCCUUGGAAAGGGUCUGAAGAACCGCGACAGGGAUCGCAAGGGAUUCAACAAGAAGUGGGGUCAGGGCAGACCGCAGAUCAAGAUCCGCGAUGCCUCCGUCACCGUGAAACCCGAUUGGGUCACUAUCGAGGAGAUGGACUUCCCUCGUCUCGGCAAGCUUUCCUUGCCCAACAUCAAAGAAGGCGAAGAUGUUAUGUGCUGUGGUGAAUUGGAGUAUUACGACAAGGUCUACGAUCGCGUCAACGUGAAGAACGAGAAGCCUCUGCAGAGCGUUAACCGUAUUUUCCAUACUGUAACCACAACUGACGAUCCCAUCAUUCGUAAACUGUCCAAGACCGAGGGCAACGUGUACGCGACUGAUGCUAUCCUGGCAACGAUCAUGUGCUGCACCAGGUCCAACUACUCCUGGGACAUCGUGAUCGAGAAGAUCGGCGAUAAGCUGUUCUUGGACAAGAGGGAUAACACCGAGUUCGAUCUGCUGACCGUCAACGAGACGUCCGUGGAACCGCCGCAGGACGAUGGAAACUCGCUGAACUCGCCGAGGAAUCUGGCGCUUGAGGCGACCUUCAUCAACCACAACUUCUCGCAGCAGGUGCUCCGCAACGGAACGGCCGAGCCCAGGUACAAGUUCGACAACCCGAAUCCGUUCAUCUCCGAAGAGGAGGAAGGUGAGGUGGCCAGCGUCGCCUACAGAUACAGAAAGUGGGAUCUGGGCAACGGAGUCGUCCUGGUGGCGCGUUGCGAGCACGACGCCGUCGUGCAGACGCCGAACGGUGAGCUGCAGUACCUCUCCAUCAAGGCACUGAACGAGUGGGAUUCGAAGCUCGCGAACGGCGUCGAAUGGAGACAGAAAUUGGACACCCAACGCGGUGCCGUCCUCGCCAACGAGCUGCGCAACAACGCCUGCAAGCUUGCCAAGUGGACGAUCCAGGCCCUCCUCGCCGGAUCCAAUCAGAUCAAAUUCGGUUACGUGUCCAGGUCGCACGUGAGGGACAACAGCAAGCACGUCAUCCUCGGCACUCAGCAGUACAAGCCGCACGAGUUCGCCACCCAGAUCAACCUGAACAUGGACAACGCCUGGGGCAUCCUCAGGUGCAUCGUUGACAUCGUCAUGAAGGAGAAGGACGGCAAAUAUCUGAUCAUGAAGGAUCCCAACAAGCCGAUGAUCCGUCUGUACGACAUCCCCGACAACACCUUCGAAUCUGACGGGGAUUCAGAGUCCGAGGACGACGUCGUCGGGGACUCGAACGCAUUCCAGACCCUCUACCCUCCAUACGCCGGAGGCAAACACUAAAUACAUAAUCUUGUAUUGUUUCUUUCUGUCAACAACAACAAUAACAAUAAAGAACUUAUUGUAAGGAA